AUGGCAAGUGACCCAUCUGUGAACUUUCUCUAUAAAAAAUAUUACCUCUUAAUGAAUAAUGAUGUGGAAACAAGUAGUAUAUCAAAAAGAUCAUUAUGUUUAUGGUUCCAGAACCCAAUGGCCAGCAAAGCACUAACCAUUGCCAGAACCCCUUCCAUAACUGCAAGUGAAGCCAGAAAUUUUUUGCAGAUUGACUCCAAAUUCUGUGAUCCAAUAACAGAAUAUAAUGAACAUUUGUACAAGUCAAGGCCUAAGACAGAGUGGGCCAUGUAUGGUCACCCUAUCAUAACCAAUCGCAGACAUAAAUUUCCCAGCAAUAAAUCGCCCCCUUCACCUACUGAUUCGGGAGAUUCACCAAAAAAUGAAAACAAAUCUAACAUGUCCAACACGAAGACUAAACCUACAACAAAAAUCACAGCUAUAAACGCUUUAAAUGAGGAAUGUAUCGUCAAUGAUACCAGCGAUACAGACAGUAGUGACGACAGUCAAACUAGUAUAAUCACGGAGUCGGAUGAGUCAAGCUUGUAUAAUUUAAGAGAAAUAAAUAAAAUUGCUUCAUCUAAUCCUGUAAUUGGGACAUAUAACCGUGAAGAUGACAUAUUGACUAAUAAACCCUUCAAGAUGUGGCAUUCAAACAUAACACUGUAUGCAAUGAAUAUUGUGAACAAUGCCAAAAUGGUCAUGGAGCAAGUUUACAAUGCAGGAAUUAGCGACCAAUUCAGUUCGGACUCAAUACCUAAUGCAAACAGCAUUACUAGCACCACUAGUGUCACUUUAAUUAGUGAUACGGAUACCCCACCCUAG